GAGGUGCUCAGCGGGCAGGAAGCAGCACAGAGCGCGCGCUCUACGCUUAGAUGCGCGCUCUCUCUCCAUCGCUCCCAUUCUGGGACUGGAGCAUUGGUCGUUGCAUUGGCAGCCUCUCGCUCUCUCCGUCUAUGUAGAUAUUUGCCGUAUAUGUGACAGUACUGGCAGUCAGUCGAGUCGCUCUGUGGAUUUGCGUGUGUUUUCUUGUUGUUGAUGUUUUAUAUCGGCGCACCUGUGUGUAUGGCAUCGCUAUCUUAAUGCGCGGUCGAGUAUAGCGUGUUGCGAAUGGGGGGGUGGGGUGGGGGGGAUAACCGAGGAUAAGAAAGCAGUUUUUAUUUUCCUGUGUUAUAUAUUACACAGAGGGGGGGGGGGGCAACAACCCAUCUUAAUUGUGAACCUUGUCGCAAGGUGUCGAAUUUGGCGUGCGUACGAGCAAAUAAUGAGCUGCGAUAUUUUCACGAAGAUGGGAAUUUUCUGAUUUAAAAAAAGAAAUCUCAUUCAUUUUGCGUCUUUAUAUCUUGUUUUCCCUCUCCACCACCCACCCCCCCUAUUGUGGCUCAGCAACAGACACAGAAUAAUAUAUAUAUAAAAAAAAAACCCAGAGAGACUGGAUGUUGUUAUCAGGGCUCUUACAGGGUCCCUGCCCUCUCGGCAGCGCUGAAACCUUCUCCACGCUGCCGCAUGACGAGGAGGCUUUCCACUCGCGUCCCGUCUCCUCCGACCGCCGUCGUUCACCGAGAACAUAGAGAGGGAAGGAGGACACGGCAGAGGCGAAGCAGGAGGCUGAAGAGAAGAGAGCUUCCGCUGGAGAGAGGACAUCCGACCAUCAAUCUCCAGCGCCGCGCCUACCCGCGGGCCAGCCACUGACUGAAUUUGCUCGGACAGCAGAAAAAAAAACAGGACCCACCACCAUCAUCAUCACCAUCAAUUUAAUUAAGAGCAGCAGCAGCAGCAUCAGCAGUAAAGCGGCGUGGUGACGACGGCGAGAUCUAGCGCUGGUAAUAAAUUUAAUAAUAAUAAAUUAUAACGUGGCUCGACGCGUCUCCUCCUCGCUGCUCCGCAGCCUCCUCCGCCAUCCAGACGCAUGAUCAGUUCAGUGUGCGUCUCGUCGUUCCGAGGACGCAAGUCCGGCAACAAGCCGCCGUCAAAGACAUGCCUGAAGGGCGAGAUGGCCAAGAGCGAGGAAGAGGAGCGGAUAAUCAUCAACGUGGGCGGCAUGCGCCAUGAGACCUACAGGACCACGCUCAAGACCCUGCCGGGCACUCGCCUCUCGUGGCUCACGGAGCCCGACGCCUACAGCACCUUCGACUACGACCCCAAGUGCGACGAGUUCUUCUUCGACAGGCACCCCGGCGUCUUCGCGCACAUCCUCAACUACUACCGCACGGGCAAGCUGCACUGCCCCGCCGACGUGUGCGGACCUUUCUUCGAGGAGGAGCUCGCCUACUGGGGCAUCGAUGAGACGGACGUGGAGGCGUGCUGCUGGAUGACCUACAGGCAGCACCGCGACGCCGAGGAGGCCCUCGACAGCUUUGACAAUGCCCCCGACGAUGGCGGAGGUGGCGACGGGGACGAGGAGUCGGGCGGCUCGGGCAGCAAGCGGUUCGGCGUCGAUGACCCCAGCGCGGCCGCCAAGUCGAAUUGGUGGCGUCGCUGGCAGCCCAAACUGUGGAACCUUUUCGAAGAUCCGUACUCGUCCAAGAACGCCAAGUACGUGGCGCUGGCCUCCCUCUUGUUCAUCCUCAUCUCCAUCACCACCUUCUGCCUGGAGACGCACGAGCACUUCAUCCUGAAGGUCAACCGAACGGAGUUCAUCAAGCAGGGCAACACGACGGUGGCCGUCGUCAUCAAGGAGGCCAUCACCGAGCCGGCGCUCAUGUACGUCGAGGGCGCGUGCGUGCUGUGGUUCACCUUCGAGUUCUUCAUGCGCAUUUCCUUCUGCCCGGACAAGAAGGAGUUCAUGAGGAGCAUCCUCAACAUCAUUGACUUCGUGGCCAUCCUGCCCUUCUACCUCGAGGUGGGGCUCAGCGGACUCUCGUCCAAGGCCUCCAAGGACGUGCUCGGCUUCCUGCGCGUCGUCCGCUUCGUGCGCAUCUUGCGCAUCUUCAAGCUGACGCGCCACGUCGUGGGCCUGCGCGUGCUGGGCCACACGCUGAGCGCCAGCACCAACGAGUUCCUGCUGCUCAUCAUCUUCCUGGCGCUGGGCGUGCUCAUCUUCGCCACCAUGAUCUUCUAUGCAGAGCGGCUGGGCACCAAGGAAGAGGACAUCAAGAACAACCACUUCUCCAGCAUCCCCAUCGGCUUCUGGUGGGCCGUGGUCACCAUGACGACGCUGGGCUACGGGGACAUGUACCCGCAGACGUGGUCGGGCCGCCUCGUCGGCGCCAUGUGCGCCAUCGCCGGCGUGCUCACCAUCGCCAUGCCCGUGCCCGUCAUCGUCAACAACUUCGGCAUGUACUACUCGCUGGCCAUGGCCAAGCAGAAGCUGCCCAAGAAGAAAAACAAACACAUCCCGCGCUCGGCGCAGAUCGCCGCGGCGGCCGCGGCGGCCGCGGCGGCGGCGGCGGCAGCGGCCGCCCCCGCCUCCGGCGCGUCCCCCAACUACUGCAAGUCGGACCUCAACUCGCCGCGGCCGAGUACGCAUGGGGACAAGUGCCCCCUCGCCGAGGACGAGACCAACGAGAUGAACAACCCAGGUUCCUGGGGUGAGAAAGUGAUUCCAGACCCUUUCAUGGAAGACUGCAGUUGAUGGAGAGAACUUUGCCCCUCUCCACGAAGUGUCAAGCUCAAGAGGAAACGCUGCGGUUAAAUUAUUUGGCCGAUCUCGUUUGGGCUCAUACCUGCUUUGACAGGGCCUGCGCUGGAGCGCGAUGUGCAAGCCUCAGCUCAUGACUGUUACCGUAAGUGUAACAUUCAAUCUGUGUUGGAGGCGGCGGCGGCGGCUGGUGGUGGUGGUGGCACACGCCCGUAUGGUGGCGAUUUGGAGGUGGGUUUUAGUGGAUCAGCCAGAGCUGGUGAAGAUCGCUGUGCCACGCUGUGAGAUUCCCAACCAAAUAGGGAUGACGAGGUGGCCGACAGAUGGCAGCACGGGAAGACGAUUGCUGGCUUGUUUGCGAACGAGAGAGUGUUGACACACACUCGUAAUUAAGCAGUAUACUUUGAGUAGCCACGUUCACCAAUACUCAAUACUGUACAUUAAAUAAAACAUUGCUCAAACAUUCCAAUGCAAAACCACCUACCUGUCCCAUUUAGAAACAACGUGCGUUUAGAGUAUUUGGCUGCUAUACAUUUGCACGUGAUGAUCCACUGCAUCAGGCUAUCGUCUGUGGCCAGGUCGCUUCUAAAUAAAACAGCUAUUAGGCUGUGGGCCUUACCUGAUUUAAAAAAAUGGUUUAGUUUUAGUUUUUUAGUUCCCCCCUCCCCUCCCGAGUCUUAAGACUCCGUAAGACUUUCCUGGAUAAAGUAAUAAUAAUAAUGCAUUAUAGAUCCUUCAUUAACCUAUGAAUUCAUCUGGAAUCAGACGUGCUUAUCCUGCUGCUUCCCCCAGGUAAAUAUCCCAUCAGCAGGUGUCUGUCCAUUAGUACGGUGAAGCUUCUGCUCCUACUAUCUGUGACUCCUGUUGUUCGGAAGUCCUCAUAUAAUCCGUGAAAACGCCUCAAAUCACGGAAAAAUAGAUUCUAAUAUCCGUUGUUGUUUUUGUUACGUGAAUAAGAAACACUUUACCCUGAAGUUCUGGUCGAAGCAAAAGUUAAUCUUGGUAGUGUUAUUGGGGAUUAUUGGCCUUCUGAAUGUGGUCACCAGAGGUGUGGACUCGAGUCAUGUGACUUGGACUCGAGUCAGACUCGAGUCAUGAAUUUGAUGACUUCAGACUCGACUUGGACUUGCAUAACAAUGACUUUGUCCCACCUCUGAGGUGUGGACUCGAGUCAUGUGACUUGGACUCGAGUCAGACUCGAGUCAUGAAUUUGAUGACUUCAGACUCGACUUGGACUUGCAUAACAAUGACUUUGUCCCACCUCUGAGGUGUGGACUCGAGUCAUGUGACUUGGACUCGAGUCAGACUCGAGUCAUGAAUUUGAUGACUUCAGACUCGACUUGGACUUGCAUAACAAUGACUUUGUCCCACCUCUGGUGGUCACCAUAUCUAAAAUCAAUCCUUCUAUUAAUCGUUUUUUUUCUUGGAUAGGCGUCAUGGUGCCGAACACGUAUCUACUUAUCUGCAGAUACGUUUGUGAAAGAGGAGUUAUGGGCCUUACCUGCUAAAGUAAAUAGAAAAGUGUUGAGUUUUUCGUUUAGGUGAAUACUUAUCCGGAUAAGAGGAUUUCCACUGCACCGAGGGACAGAGUGCUGUCUGCCAUGUGAUAUAUGUACAGUAUAACCAAAGCCCCAUGUUGCUUUAUUGGAGGCGACUCAAGAUUGUCUCUACUCCUGUAAAUACAAAUAAUUAAACGUUUGCCAGCUACUCAUUCAUGCGCAAUUGUAGGCGACAUACAUAAAAACAAAUAAUAAACAUUUUCGCGUGCACAUAGUUGUGAAGCACUUACAAUGGAGGAUGAUCAAAUCAAACGUUUGAAAGCUUUUGAGAAACUGAAGUUGCUAUUAAUUUGGUUUAUUAGUUUAGCAGAUGCCGUUAGGUCUACGGCAUUUAUUCAUCACGCGCAGUCUACGUUUAAAUGAGCAAUGGCCAAAUGUGCAAUUUUGUUGAGUGUACGUAAUGGGUUGCACUUUUGUCUGCUGAUGGAUCUUGCUUCGGGAAAUGCAUCCGAGCGUGUCCUACAGCGCUAACACUCCCAUUUGUUUCAGAGUCAAGGUGAAGCACUGUGUGAAGAAUCUAUCUCCUAUGCUAUGUUGUAUCGUCAGUCCGGCGCCCACCAGUUUUCAGACAAGAUUUUGUUUUCAAUUCCAAACUCUAAACAUACAUACCAGGAAUGAGUUUCUAAUUUAACAUUUUUAUUCGUUUACCAGAUGACUUCUGCCCAAUUGCAUAUUCUUUUUUGGACUAUUGGAGUAAUUAAAUUGAUUACUUUAUAGUCUUAACCACCAUGUACCUAAUCCAAUAAAAGUACAAUCACUUAAAAUAUAUUAAUUUAGCAUAAGAAACAUAUCUUUUUUUAUCUUUUAAGACUAUUUAUUACCAUGACCCUUAAAUAUGGUUCACAAUGCUUAAAUGUAUUCGUUGCAAUCAUUAAACAUUCCUUAAUUAUCAUUUUCAUUUCAAAUCCGUUUCAUUGCCUUCAAACAAAACACGUUCCAUCUCACCAUCGUUAGAAUGAGGGACACUUUUAAUCCGGGAGUGUCUACAUCUCGGACCUCUUUCUCGCGGGGUCCUCCUGCGUUUGGCAUGUUUUUCAAAGUCCUCGUUUGAGUUGUUUUGCUCUGGACAACUGGGAGAUAUACUCUUAAUUUUUUCGGUAAAGUCACGUAGGUAAAAAAUUAAUUAAAAUUAAUAAAAAAAAAUAACGACGUUUCGGAGGCAACACAAGUCUCUGUCAUCAGGUAGGACCGUCACAGCCAGAUUUGCUGUAUCACUUGAUACACAGCCAGAUUUGCUGUAUCAGCCAGAUUUGCUGUAUCACUUGAUACACAGCCAGAUUUGUGUUAUCAGCCAGAUUUGCUGUAUCACUUGAUACACAGCCAGAUUUGCUGUAUCAGCCAGAUUUGCUGUAUCACUUGAUACACAGCCAGAUUUGCUGUAUCAGCCAGAUUUGCUGUAUCACUUGAUACACAGCCAGAUUUGCUGUAUCAGCCAGAUUUGCUGUAUCACUUGAUACACAGCCAGAUUUGCUGUAUCAGCCAGAUUUGCUGUAUCACUUGAUACACAGCCAGAUUUGCUGUAUCAGCCAGAUUUGCUGUAUCACUUGAUACACAGCCAGAUUUGCUGUAUCAGCCAGAUUUUCUGUAUCACUUGAUACACAGCCAGAUUUGCUGUAUCAGCCAGAUUUGCUGUAUCACUUGAUACACAGCCAGAUUUGCUGUAUCAGCCAGAUUUGCUGUAUCACUUGAUACACAGCCAGAUUUGCUGUAUCAGCCAGAUUUGCUGUAUCACUUGAUACACAGCCAGAUUUGCUGUAUCAGCCAGAUUUGCUGUAUCACUUGAUACACAGCCAGAUUUGCUGUAUCAGCCAGAUUUGCUGUAUCACUUGAUACACAGCCAGAUUUGCUGUAUCAGCCAGAUUUGCUGUAUCAAGUGGGAGAUCGUCAAUCGAUGUUCGCCGGUCGCUGGGCUGACGAUGCCAUGGAGUCGUGGACUUCCCACUUGACAGGGUGGUCCCACGUGAAGGCUACCAUCUUCCGCUCCACUUCCUUAUUGUAAUAAGGGGGAACAUUAUUUUCGUGUAGGUGGGAGACCUAUGCAUCAGCUGUCAACCCCUUAUCAGUGCCCUACUUUAUCACAGACCAAUUCAGACCUUAUUGGUCACCCCGUGCCCCUUAUAAACCUCAAAGUUCAUCCUACAAAGUCCCAUCGCAAGGGAGAAACACAAACAGAUCGACAAAACAAAAUUGCCCGUAUUCAAACGGCUGUGGACCUGAAAAUUCAACUUCCCUGUACAAGAACGCGGGGUAAACCGUAUGGGUUGACAGGUAUGCCGAUGUACCAGGCGAAAAUCCUACCUAUGCAUGGGAGGGAGAUAACUCAAAGUGCAUACAGAAAUUCUAAUUAAUAAAAGUAAACAUAAAAAUAAAAUAAAAAUCACGACGUUUCGGAGGCAACACAAGCUUCCGUCUUCAGGUGGAACAGUCACAGCACGAUAGCUGUAUCAAGUGAGAAAAAUUCCAAGAAACCCGUAUUUGUAUAUAUACUGGUUGAGGGUGGGAGGAGCCAAGGUAGGCCCUGAAUAUUAUUUUUGUGAGGUUCGGUGCGGCUUUUUUUUUACCUACGUGACUUUACCGAAAAAACCUAAGCAUAUGAAUCCUUGCAGUCACGAAAGCUUCAAAUCUAGAAUGCAUACGGAAGGCGGGUUCACAUAUCAGCUGCUUUUGUUGUACUGCCAUCUGCUGGCCACAGACUCGAAGUGCAGCUGUUUAGAAUGUUCCACAAAUCCCUAUCGCAGAUGUGCGGCUCUGAAAGUGCCUUGCGACGUUUAAGGCUCCGCCAGAGAUGAGACAAAGAUCCCCCGUAUAGCCUUAACUGACUGUAGGGGCAAGUGCUGUUAGCGAGCACCUAUGAAGGCCGCCACGGCACAGGAGAGGCUGGGUGGCCAACACCACGCCCGGCCGCCUUUGUCUCCCCAGUGGCGAAGUUUUUACAUAUCGCACCAGGUACUCAUUUGAGGCCUAGUCGACCUAGGGGAGGCCCAGGACCGAUUCAGAUAAAACUCUAGCACAUAUAUUCACACGCAUUCACACACAAACAACAACAACCACAGCCGCCAUUCGCCACUAAGCGGCUGUGGAGUCACCACGGCGCUUGUGCCAGGCUAGGUGCACACACAUUGACACUGUCACACACUGACACUCUCUCACACACUGACACACUCUCACACACUGACACUCACACACUGACACACUCACACACUGACACCCUCACACACACUGACACUCACACACACUCUCACACACACUGACACUCACACACACUCUCACACACACUGACACUCACACACACUCUCACACACACUGACACUCUCUCACACAAUGACACUCACACACUCUCACACACACUGACACUCACACACACUGACACUCUCUCACACACACUGACACUCUCUCACACACUGACACCCUCACACUCACACACUCUCUCACACACUGACACUCUCCCACACACUGACACCCUCACACACACUGACACUCACACACUGACACCCUCACACACUGACACCCUCUCACACACUGACACACACACACACUCUCACACACACUGACACUCAGACACACUCUCACACACAUUGACACUCUCUCAUACACUGACACUCUCAACACCACACUGACACCCUCACACACACUGACACUCUCAGUUAGCUCACAACAUCUCUAGCUCAUGCAGUGACUACUUUGGCUUCCUAUAUUCAGCCAAACAGAAGCUGCUUGGGCAUACGGUGACUGGACUUGUAGGCCCAUGAGGAUUCUAGGAUGGGAUGUGCGUUAUAAAUUUGAAUUAUUAUCAUGACCCAUCCAAUGGAUCCUCGCCUGCUGGAGUAGCCUGCUGAUGCUCCAAUGUCGAGAUCAUUUCAAGGAUUUGUGAGGUUCUCACAUAAUCCACUAUGAAUAUUCCCAGAAAGGAGCGUAGGCAGGCCAGCCUGUAUAUAUCAAGUCAACGCAAGCGUCCUGGUAAAGGGGUCCAUAUUUGGGAAGUAGAGAGAAGAGAGGAUAGUUUUGUGGCUGAGAAGCCGCUGUUCUGAGUUACAGGCCAGGCAACUGCCACACAAUGUUACAUUGUUACGUAGCCGAUGCAAGAUAUUGUCACUAGACUGAUUGGAAGAGGCCUCCACUGCAAAACCACAGCUCUUCAAGUGCACCCUGCUCAGGCACAGAUACUCAAAAGACAAAUACAAAGAUUCCCCCCUCCCCCCCAUGUAUAGCCUUAACAGACUGAUGGGGCAAGUGCUGUUUGUGUUGCACAGGAACUCCUCCACCCUCUUCACAAGCACCCCAUUACUCGUAGAUAGUUAAGAGUAAUUGAAUACACAAGUAUCCAGGCAGAUAUUUUGUUUUGGUGGGGCUGAUAGGCUCCACUUAUUUGCUCUAGAUUUGAAGCUUUCGUGACUGCAAGGAUUCAUACUCUUAGUUUUUUCGGUAAAGUCACGUAGGUAAAAAUAAAUAAUAACAAAAAUAUAUAUAUAAAUAAUAAUAUAAAUAAAUG